AUGGCUCCUAUCGAAUAUCUGCUAUUCGAAGAACCAACUGGUUACGGUAUCUUCAAAGUUAAGUUACAGAAAGAUGACGUUGGUUCAAACUUGAAGGAAGUUCAGAAGCAAAUUAAUGACUUUGGUUCUUUCACCAAGUUGGUUGAACAAGUUUCUUUUGCUCCAUUCAAGGGUGCUGCACAAGCUCUAGAGAAUGCUAAUGAUAUUUCUGAGGGUUUGGUUUCUGAACACUUGAAGGCUGUCCUAGAUUUGAAUCUUCCAAAGGGAUCUUCCAAGAAGUCAGUUACUUUAGGUAUUUCCGACAAGAACUUGGGUCCUUCUAUUAAGGAACACUUUCCAUACGUUGACUGUAUUUCUAAUGAACUUGCCCAAGAUUUGUUGCGUGGUGUGAGAUUGCACGGUAGCAAGUUGUUGAAGGAUUUGCAACCUGGUGAUUUGGAAAGAGCUCAGUUGGGUUUGGGUCACGCUUACUCCCGUGCCAAGGUUAAGUUUUCUGUGCAGAAGAACGACAACCACAUUAUCCAAGCGAUUGCUUUGUUGGAUCAGUUGGACAAGGACAUUAAUACUUUUGCGAUGAGAGUCAAGGAAUGGUACGGAUGGCAUUUCCCAGAGUUGGCCAAGUUGGUCCCCGAUAACUACAAGUUUGCGAAGUUGGUGCUUCAAAUUAGAGACAAGUCCUCAUUGAACGAGGACUCUUUGCAUGAUUUGACUGCAAUUCUAGACGACGACUCUGGUAUUGCUGAAAGAGUUAUUAGCAACGCUGUUAUUUCUAUGGGUCAAGACCUAUCUGAGAUUGACAUGGAAAACGUUUGUGUUUUUGCUGAGAGAGUUGUUGGGUUGGUUGACUACAGAAGACAGUUGUACGAAUACUUGUCUGAGAAGAUGCACACUGUUGCUCCUAACUUAUCAGAGUUGAUUGGUGAAGUCAUCGGUGCUCGUUUGAUCUCACACGCUGGUUCUCUAACCAACUUGUCCAAGCAAGCUGCUUCUACAGUGCAAAUUCUAGGUGCCGAAAAGGCCCUUUUCAGAGCUCUUAAGACCAAAGGUAACACUCCAAAGUACGGUUUAAUUUACCACAGUGGUUUCAUCUCCAAGGCUAGUGCUAAGAACAAGGGUAGAAUAUCAAGAUAUUUGGCUAACAAAUGUUCAAUGGCCUCCAGAAUCGACAACUACUCUGAUGAACCUACGAAUGCUUUCGGUCAAAUAUUGAAGAAGCAAGUUGAGCAAAGACUAGAGUUCUAUGCCACUGGUAGCCCCACCUUGAAGAAUGAAAUUGCCAUUCAAGAAGCUAUGAAAUUGUUUAACAAAGACAAGCCAGAACCUGUACAGACUUCUAAGAAGAGAAAAUUAGCAGAGGAUGAGGAAGAUGAAGAAGACAGCGACAGCGACAGCGAGAAGAAGGAGAAGAAGCAAAAGAAAGAGAAGAAAGAAAAGUCAGUAAAGAAGGAGAAGAAGGACAAGAAGGACAAGAAAGACAAGAAGGAGAAGGUCGAAAAGGUCGAGAAGGUUGAGAAGACUGAGAAGAAGGAGAAGAAGGAGAAGAAGGAGAAGAAAGACAAGAAAGACAAGAAGGAGAAGAAGGAUAAAGCGGAGAAGAAGGAAAAGAAGGUGAAGAAAGAUAAGAAGAAGGAUUAA